CUGUUGGUAUUGUGAAAAAAAACAACUGUCGUGGAGUAAUUUAACUUUUUGCAUGCAGUUUCCUGGGAUCCUUUGGUCAGCAAUGUCAUCAUUAAUUAAGGAAGAAAUGCAGAAGAAGAUAUUUAGACCAGAUGGACAGUGUUUGGAUGAAUUUAUUGAAAUUGUUUAUUCUGCACAAGGGAGAUAUUUUUUGUGUGUAUCAGUGACAAAGGGCCAGGAAGUACAGAUAUCUCUGCUGAAACACACCAGAUCCAAUUUGGAUGACAAAUAUGAGAAAACUGAAACAUGGUUACUUAAAGAUCUGGUGUUGCUUGAUGGAAGAGAAUCAGAUACAGACAACCCACAUUUUGACAUGCAUUAUGACAAAAUCUACACUUUGGAAGCCUUGAGCUGUGCUGCCAAAUAUGCCUUUGCUCGUUGUUUGGUACAGCUAAGCAGGAGGUAUUACAAGAAGGAGCUUAAGAUUGUGAACUUUGAUACAGCCUACAUCGAACCCACAUCCUUAUCAUCAAACAGAGGAGACUGCAUGGUUUUAAUGCAGAUAUGUUUUUAUGCUUUAAAUCUUGUAUGUUUAUCAUUAUGUCCUGUAACCUAGUGUGGGUUAAAAACUUCUGCUGAUCAAUAUUAUGAAGUGUUCUGCCAGCUACAAAGGUGUUUUAUUUAGGGUGUAUGUAGCCAAUAAGAGUUGUAUGAUACUUUUCAUGUUUGCAAAUAUAAAAGUGCACACUGAUUGUAGAGACUCAAAUGUACAGUAGUUUAACACAUCUUUCUCAUGCCUUAAGCUUCAACACCAGUUUUGGGUUUUUAAUCAUAUUUAAACUUUGUUGCUGUAGCUAGUUUUGUACUUUUUGCUUCUGUGUUUCUAUCAAAGGAACUUCUUAGUCAAAUGGCAGUAAACAGUGACCUGGCUUUUGAUGGUGUAGUGUCCCUUCAGAUAGAGCAUGUCUAUAGCAGGUAAUGGCACAUAUUUUAUCGUCGUGUGCAUCACAUUUGCACAAAGGUCCCAUUAUAAUGUGUAAAUGAUCUCUGUGUGUGAAACUAGCCUGAAUAAUGAUAAACAUAAAAUAUAAUGUUUCCAAUAAAGAUACUGAUUGUAACUAUUCUUCAUUCUAAAUUACUAUUUAUAAUUAAAAACCUUUAAUAGUAGUUAUGCACUGUAGCAUGUAAAAGUAAAAACAAAUGGAUGUAGUUGCCUCUAUUAAUCUAAGAUACAAAAGGAUUACAAAAAUCCCAAAAAACAAAACAAAAAAAAAGAUAUAUGAUCCUUUUAAAAUUGGAUUAAAU